AUGGCGAACCUCAAGGAGAUGGAGUCUGCGAAAGAAACAGGCUCGCUGUCGUCGACAUCGCUGCACAAGCAGGGGUAUGCGCAGGCGACCAGCUCGAAGGGCGGGGCGUUCAAACGGGCGUUGGCGUCGUUCAAGCGCCACGAACCAGUGCUGCCAGACGAUGUGGACCUCUCUGUGCUGACAGAGUACGAGCGGAGCAACUAUCUCUUGGCGCAUCAGCCGUACCAGAAGGCUCUCUCGCAACGUCACUUGACGAUGAUAUCCAUUGGUGGGACCCUAGGUACAGGUCUAUUCAUCGGCAUUGGCCAGUCUUUGCAGAGCGGCCCGGGUACCCUUCUGAUCGGUUUUCUGAUUGUGGGUGUGUCCAUCUUCUGUGUGAUUCAGUCGGCAGCAGAGCUGUCGUGCCAAUAUCCGGUGUCGGGCUCGUUUUCCUCCCAUGUGUCGCGUUUCAUCGAGCCAUCGCUGGGCUUCACCGUGUCUUGUGCGUAUGCGCUAUCGUGGCUGAUAUCUUUUCCAAACGAGCUGGUGGGAUUAGCUAUGACCAUUGGUUACUGGAAUGAGGAUAUACCGCCUGCUGUAUGGGUGUUGAUCGGCUAUCUACUGGUUAUUGGUCUUAACCUUUUCGCUGUACGUGGCUUUGCGGAGUCGGAGUUCUGGCUUUCUAUCAUCAAAGUUUUGGCGAUCAUUAUAUUCCUUAUCAUUGGCAUUGUGAUCAUCUGCGGCGGAGGGCCCAAUAACAAAGAAGGUUAUCUGGGAGGGAAGUACUGGCACGACCCAGGUGCGUUCCGGCCUCCGUUCUUCAGCAGCCUGUGCCAGACAUUUGUGUCUGCAGCAUUCACAUUCGGCGGCGCCGAGUUGGUUUUGCUAACAGCCAACGAAUCACGCAAGAUUGAGUCCAUCUCCAGAGCAGCCAAGGGCACUUUCUGGAGAAUCGCCAUCUUCUACAUUUCCACCGUCAUUGUUAUCGGAUGUCUGGUACCGUACACGUCUCCUGCCUUGGAUGGCGAAAGCAUUAGAGCAUCACCUUUCGUGAUUGCGCUAUCGAACACUGGCUCCUUUGGCACUAAUGUGAGCCACUUCAUGAACGCGGUGAUUGUUGCAGCAGUGCUCUCUGUCUGUAACUCGUGCGUGUAUGCUGCAUCUCGUGUGAUUCAGUCACUCGGUGCUUGUGGCCAGCUUCCUGAAAUAUUUGGCUAUAUUGACAAGAAAGGAAGACCGCUCGUCGGCAUCGGUGUGUGUGCAGUAUUCGGGUUACUGGCUUUUCUGGUAGAGACUACCAAGGUGAAGGACGUGUUCAACUGGCUCUUCGCCCUCUGUUCCAUUGCUGCAUUCUUCGUCUGGUUCUGCAUUUGCGUCUCGCAGCUGAGAUACAGACGUGCUCUAAAGGUACAGGGGUUCCCUACUGAGGAAAUAGCCUACCAGUCCAUGCUUGGUAAGUGGUCCGGAGUCAUCGGGACCCUGCUAAACUUCCUCCUGAUAUGUGGAGAAAUAUACGUCUCUGUAAAAGAUGGUGAUGUGGAGACCUUCUUUCAGAAUUGCAUGUCCAUUCCGCUGUUGAUAAUAUUCUACUUCUGCCACAGACUAUACAGACGUGAUUGGAAAACGUGGCUGAUCCCAGCGCGCGACUUGGAUCUCAACACAGGGAGGAAGCCAGAGGACCUCGAAAUGAUGAAGCACGAACUGAUAGUUUCUAGGGCCAGGAUUGCGUCAAGCCCCUGGUACUACAGGGCAUAUAGAUUUUGGUGCUAG